ACUACACCAGUACACCUCACUAGAGGGUGUUUUGAGCAACACAAAAAAAUUGAUUGGCUCUAACCACGUGCAUUUGAAAGUAAAAAUCGUGAUCAAUUAUUUACUAUUUUACAUACAACCCGGUGUACACAUACGUAUGUAAUAUACACAUCGACAGAGAACAGGGACAGAUUAACUACAAUUUAAUCAUGUAAAAGGCAAGUAGUUGUUUAUUCCUGGUAUUGUUUGCGCCUGAUGACAGAGUCAAAGUUAAGGGUCAUUUCUUUCGGGAACAUCACACGAAGCGUUCGAACUUUGGAUAAUAUAUCAUUUUAUCAUAUCUUAUCAUAAUAGUGUUGUUAAGAUUGAACGAGUAAUCGUUAGGCAUAUUAAGGAAGAUUCCUUGAACAAGAUAUAAUGUCUAAGAAUUCAAGAAAAAGACGUGACCCUGACGAUGGUAGCGAUUCAAUAGAAGUUAAACCUAAAAGAAUGAGAUACUCGAGCGAAGAAAAUAUAGACAAGGAAAAUGGUAACGUUAGUGGAAGUGAUACAGAACUUGAAAGUAUCUCUGAGCAGUUGUUAUCAUUGGAACGUAAAUUGGCCGAUGAACUAGGGAAAAUUACGUUCCGUUUACCAAUAGAGUACAUUUAUAGUCCGCUGGAAUAUGCAUUUAACAUUCAUAGUAUGUAUGUGCGAAAGUAUUGCAAUACCCAGAAAAAGAUAUUGUUCCUUGGAAUGAACCCUGGCCCUUGGGGCAUGUCUCAAACCGGUGUACCGUUUGGAGAGAUAAAAAUGGUCCGUGACUGGUUACAAAUCAGUGGGCCUGUUGGAAAGCCUUCCAAAGAACAGCCAGCCAGGAAAGUAACUGGGUUUGAAUGUACUCGAAGCGAAAUCAGUGGUAAAAGAUUGUGGGGUCUUUUUCAAGAAUUAUGCGGAACACCAGAAAAGUUCUUUGAACAUUCAUACAUACAUAAUUAUUGUCCUAUUGCAUUGAUGGAUAAGAAAGGACGUAAUAUUACACCAGCAGAAAUAAAGGGAUCGGAGAUACAGAUAUUACAUUCUGCUUGUGACAAGGCCUUAGCAGAUACAAUUAAGAUCCUGAAAGCAGAAAUCGUAAUUGGCAUUGGUGGAUAUGCAGAGAAACGAGCACAAUUUGUAGUUAAUUCUCAUAAACUAUCUGCUAAGGUUUUAUGCUUGCCACAUCCAAGUCCACGUGCUGCAAAUAAUAAAAACUGGAGUGAUAAAGCAACAAAAAAGCUGAGUGAACUUGGAUUACUUGAAUACUUCAAAGAAUAAUAUACCUUAUCUUUAAAGAAGAAUACAUUCAUAAUCGCCAGUACAAAUUUCUUUUUACUAUUACUGUUUUGUUUUUUCUGAGUGCUUAUUUUUUUGUGUUUU